AUGAAGUGCAAUGAUGGUGCUACUAUGAUAUUAAAAUUUGUGGAAAACGGAAGAAUUUAUAAGUUCUUGGCUAGACUCAAUGUGGAACGUGAUCAAAUUCAGGUGCAAGUGCUUGGAAUAGAAGCUUUACCUUCUUUGAAUGAGGCUGCCAAAUAUCAUCAUGUCUCAUUUCAAUUGAGUGAUAAUGGGUUUGAAAGAAUUAAUGCCCUUGUUAAAUCUAGGGUCUCCAAUGAUCAAUCUGCUCUCCUUGCUAGACCAGUGACUGAUCUGGAGAUUAAGGAUGUAUUUUGGUCUCUUAAACCUAACAAGGCCCCUAGCCCUGACGGUUACCUGGCUGGUUUUUUCAAAAAAUCUUGGGAUAUUGUUGGUAGAGAGGGCAGGAGAAUUUCUGAUAAUAUCUUCUUGUCUCAAGAAAUUUUGAGGGGUUAUCAUAAGAAUUCCACUACCCCUAAGUGUGCGAUGAAAGUGGAAAUUAUGAAAGCUUAUGAUAGUGUGAGAUGGGAGUUUAUCAUUGAUAUUCUUAAAGCCAUGGCUUUUCCUCCCACUAUGAUCUCCUGGACCAAGGCUUGUAUGACAAGUCCUUCUUUCUCUGUUUGCAUCAAUGGGAGCUUGCAUGGUUACUUUAAAGGUGCUAGAGGUCUUAGACAGGGAGAUCCUAUGUCUCCUUAUCUCUUUGUAUUGGCUAUGGAAAUCCUAGCUAGAAUUUUUGGGGAGAAGUCCAAUCAUCCUCUAUUCAAGUUCCAUUGGAGGUGUGAGAAAUCUAAGAUUGUCAAUCUUUGCUUUGCUGAUGAUCUGAUCAUAUUCAGUCGUGGGGAUGUCCCCACUGUUUAUUGGUCUUCUCUCUUUAUCCUCCCCAAGCGGGUUAUUAGAGAGAUUGAGGGUAUCCUUAGAGCUUUUUUCUGGUCGGGUACGGAUCUUAAGAAACAUAGUGCCAAAAUUGCUUGGGAAAAAAUUUGCGUGCCAAAAAAUAAAGGUGGUCUUGGGUUUAAAUCGUUAGAGGUUUGGAACAUGGCUGCUAUAGCCAAGCAUAUUUGGUUCCUUUUCUCUGGAGGGGAAAUGUCUAUGUGGUGCCAGUGGGUUAAAUCGUAUUUACUUAAGGGCCGAAGUUUCUGGAAAGUAAAGGUACCCCACAACUCAUCUUGGGUUUGGAGAAAGAUUCUAGCUCUUAGGGAUAAAAUAUCACCUCUUAUUAUCCACAAAAUAGGUAGGGGUGACUCUACCUUUUUAUGGUAUGAUAAUUGGCAUCCUCUUGGUCCUUUAUGGAAAAAAUUUGGGGACAGAAUCUUGUAUGACUCUAAUCUUAAUAGUGAGACUAAGGUCAAUCAGAUUGUGGAUGGGGGUUCUUGGAAGUGGCCUGUCCCUAACUCUUGGGAAAUAAGGGAGCUGAUUUCUUCCACCUCCAUUAGCUGCAGGCCUAAUCCUCCAUUGGAUGAUCAACCUACUUGGUCUCUUUCUGAUGGGAAAUUUACUAUUAAUGCUGUUUGGAAUCAUUGGCGGCUUAAGCUUGAUAAAUGGCCUGAUUUUCAGUGGCCUGGCAUUAUUCCCUUUGCUACUAGAGAGACUAAGAGAAGGUCAUUGAGAUCCAUUAUUAUCAAAUUGUCAUUGUUGUGUUCUGUUUAUAUUAUCUGGCUUGAAAGGAACAACAGAAUUUUCAAUAAAGAAUUCAAGCCAGAAGAAAUGGUUGUUAAAAUUAUUGUCCAACUGAUUAGGGGUAGGUUGUUGUCUAUCACAAAUGUUCCUAGAAAUGCAGGUGACAAUUGGUACAUUGACCAUUGGAAUUUGCCUGCUACUGUUUUGAAGCCCCAUGCUCUUGGAGAUGGAAGGGCUGCUAAGUGA